AAGGUUUUUUUUUUAUUUAAAAGCAGCAGCAGAAGGACCGCUGUACAGUACCUAGCAGAACAUCCCUCGUGAUUCUCUCAACAAAAACUUCUCACAUGAAAAUAGUCCACACCUCCGCCGCCAACGGUGAUGACACCAUCUACAAGACAAUCGAAGUGGCUGUUAUUGACCGACGCGAUCUCACUCCACCUCCGGUGUUUCCUUUCCCUGUUGUCGGAGACGAACUUAAUCUUAUUCCACCUCUAAACUUUGCUAUGGUAGAUAAUGGCAUCUUUAGGUCUGGUUUUCCUGACUCUGCUAAUUUCUCUUUUCUCCAAACACUCGGCCUCCGCUCUAUCAUAUGUUUAUGUCCCGAGCCAUAUACAGAGGCGACCACGGAGUUUCUAAAGGAUGGUGGAAUCAGGCUCUAUCAGUUUGGGAUCGAGAGUUAUAAGGAGCCAUUCGUAAACAUCCCGCAGGAUACAAUUCGUGAAGCACUUCAAGUGGUCCUUGAUGUGAAGAAUCAUCCAAUUCUGAUUCAUUGUAAACGGGGAAAGCACCGAACUGGUUGUCUUGUUGGUUGCCUUAGAAAAUUGCAAAAGUGGUGUCUCUCAUCCAUAUUUGAUGAGUAUCAGCGGUUUGCUGUUGCAAAGGCUAGAGUUUCAGAUCAAAGAUUUAUGGAGUUGUUUGAUGUUUCUACCUUAAAGCAUUUGCCAAUGUCAUUUUCAUGCUUGAAGAGGUAAACCACUAGCUGGACUAAAUCAUAUCUUUUAUUUGUUAGUAGAAGGGAAUUCUAGGUCCUGCUUUGGAAUAAAUAGGAAAGGUGAUGAGUUUUUGGAUCCAUUUGCUGCGGCAAAGGAAUAUUUCUUUAUCCUGCUCGAGGGUAGUAGGCAUGUCCGACACAUCCAACAACUUAAGGCCAGGCAGAUUGUACCCUGAAUUUUGAGCAGCUUAGUCAAAAAAGGGAAAUUUUAAAACUUCAAUGUAGAAGAGAUAAGUUGGUCUCUGUUUUGAUGUAUUUUAACAAAUAGAAGAAUCCAGCAAAUAGACGCCAUGAAUGUGUAGCGGUGUUGAAUGAUAGAUCUUAUUGUCUCAGGCGUAAUAUAUGCAUGCUUAUGAGAUGGAUUUCA